AAUAUCCGAAACGCACAUAGCCUAAUUAAGAUGACAUAUGUGCAGUAGCAAGGGUAAGGAUAAUUUGUUAAACAUUUAACAUGAGGAUGGUUAAUUUGUUGAACAUUUAAAAUAACAAUCGUGAAUUUACUUUAUUAGACACAUUAAAUUAUCAUUUUUUUUUUUUUUGAUAAGUACAUUAAAUUAUCAAUUUAAAUAAUACAAUUCACCUUUGGAAGGUUUAAAUGGGUUACCAGUUCAACAAAAAAAACCAUUUUUUCUCUCUCCUCACUCACUUCUCUUUCCCGUCCCCAAACAAGCUGCCACCGACCGAACUACACAGACCACCGGUGCAAAACCCUGUCCACCCAAAACAACCACCAGUGCAAAACCCUGUCCACCCAAAACCUCCUCCCCUACCGCAAACACCACAACAACCGCCCAAAACCUCCACCCGUCACAAAGCCAAACCCCAAUUGAAAAAAAAAAAAAAAAAUUGUAGAUGGUGAGUGUAAAUAAAUUAAUAAAAAAAAAAAUUGUAAAUAAAUUAAUAAAAAAUAAAUGGAUAACUCAAAUCCUAAUCCGAAGAAUUGAAGACCAAACCACCACCGGAAUCGCGACACCACCUGAUCCUCAUUCUUUUACCCAAAUAAGCCACCACUGCUCUGCCACCGCCGACCACUGUCCCCCACUACACAGCCCACCGCUGCAAAACCCUGUCCAACCAAAACCUCCAUCACCGCCUAUUGCAAACACCACAGCAACCACCCAAAACCCCCACCCAUCACAAAGCCAAACCCCAAUUGAAAAAAUUAAUCAAAUAAUAAAAGAUAACUUUUCGCGUGUUUCAAAUUUAACGAAGGAGUUUGCGUCAUUGUUCAAAGAUAGGUCUCAGGGGUCAUUGUACUCUACCCUAUUUUCUUUAUACAUAUAUAAAGUGAUGUGUAACUGUGGAAGCUGAGGUUAUUCGGUUACUCUUCUUGUUCAUUCUUGGAAUCUCCCGGACGGCCACGUUAUCGGUGACUGAAAUUAAGGUGUAACCUCGCUUGGGGCAUGAGGCGACGGUCGGCGACGGAAAUGACUACGGCAUCGAUUAUAUAAACUGUAGAUUGCUUAACUAAACUUGCUUUAAUUUUGGGUAUUUAAUAUGUCCUCUGAUCGAAAGAAAAAUACUGAUCUCGUCUCCAAGAUGUGAACUCUUUCGUGAAUGAUAAUUGUUCGAUAAAAUGCCUCUGUAGUUAAUCCAUGUAGUUAAUCCAGCUAGUAAUAUGGGGGAAAAAAAAUUAGCUAGUAAUUCAUGGCUCUUUGGAUGAAAUCAAUAUUGCAUCAAGUUUCGGAAUUACUGUUACAAGCUAACUUGUGAUUUUGAUGACGAACUGACUGAAAACCCAUUGAAGUAAAUGAGUCUGAGUUAUUGACAUGAGAUAGUCUGGGCUAUUUUGUGAUUUUAGUUUCAUUAAUUCAGGCAAUGUGUUACAAUUAUCUCUAUUAAAUAGCUAAUUUGCCCAUGCUUGUAUAGUAUUACAACUGUCAAGAAACUAGGAAGAAUGAAUAUGUUUUGUAGAGCAAGCCUGGCAUUCAAAGAAAUCCAUCGACUUCUUUUUCAUGUACCAUACUGCUUGCUAGCUAACAUUUCAAUUUUUUGAAAAGAUUAUUGUCAUUUUGUUUCCACCCGAACAUGGUUUUGUGAUGAUGUAAGAAUUUAUAUCAUGGUAUCAUUUAUCAUGAAAGCUAUAUUGCUCUGCUUUUAAGUUUAAUCUGUAAUUACGAAUGACUUGUUUUAAGUAGUAGAGUUUUGCCUUGACGGUAUUGGACGGUGUUCAAUGGUAUAAAACAUGGGAUCAAGGUUCUUAUAUUGUUUGGCCAAAACAAGAUCCUUUAACUGAUAUUUCAAUAAAAAGAUCCUUGAACUGUAAAUGACUCAAAAAAGAUGAUUAUUGAAAACUAUUUACUGCUUUAAUUUUCUGCCGAAAAUAAACAGCAUGUCGGGAAGGAGGCAAUCCUUACUUCCUACUUGUCUAUAAUCUAUGGGGUUGAUAUGUAAUAAUGGACUGACUUGGGCGUUGCAUUUUGUCAAUAGUUCCUUUUAUACUCUCUUGUGCAUCCAAAGCAUUAACACAAUUUUUAUUAGACUGGCAGAUGAUUGUGGUUUCUCCUUGACCUGUUUUUGGUUCACUGUGUACUUAAUUAGAAGUUCUUUUGAAUUAUUCAUUUCUCGAUAUAGAUCUUGAUUUCAGAAUAUCUUCUCUUAAAAUCCGUCAGAGAUCAUGAUUGUUUUAUUUUAUUUUAUUUUUUACUUUUUUUCUUUAUUUAUUUUCUGACAGGAAAUUCCUAGCUGGCAAAUUCCAAUUGGCUCCUGCAUUAUACAAUCAAACAAGGACGGUUACGGCUGUUGGAUUCUGACCUCCCCCACCCCAAUCUUAAUUUUAAAUAUUUGAAACUCUUUGCAAAAUCCUUCACCAUAAAUUUCCAUUUCCAAACCUCAAUGUCUCUCAGGAAACCCCCACUCCCUCGGCCCCUCCUUAACCAGGUCUCUUGCAUGAGAAAUGCACAAUAAAUCCUGCGACACGUAAAUGUCUCAAUUCAUGAUGGUGGUGCUCUUGUGCUGAUGGACACCAACGGUUCGGGCAAAACCACUUUCUUGCGUAUGUUAGCUGGAUUCUCUCGACCCUCAGCUGGUGAGAUCAUCUGGAACGGUCAUGAUAUAACUGAAUCAGGGGGACAAGCUUCAGCUCAACUGGCUCUCCCUCAAGGAUGUGAUCAUUGAUCAAAGAAAAGUUCACAGUCCUCGACAAUGUUCAGUGGUUUGAAGUUCUUAAAGGCAAGCAAGGAGGUCUCUGCCUGCACUAGAGCUUAUGGGGCUUGGAAGAUUGGCGAAAGGUAAAGCAAGAAUGCUCUCAAUGGGCCAACGGGAAAGGGUGCAGCUUGCAAGGUUGCUGGCAAUUGAUCAGCCAAUUUGGUUGUGAGCCUUCAGUGGCAUUGGAUACUGAAGGGGUUAAGUGUCUGGAGUAAAUUAUUGCAGAGCACUGAAAGAAAGGAGGGAUUGUGAUUGUGGCCACACAUCUGCCAAUUGAGAUUGAGGAUGCAAUGUAUUUGAGGUUGCCGCCAAGGUUUCCACAGGCUGGAAACCCCCACUCCCUCGGCUCCUCCUUAACCAGGUCUCUUGCAUGAGAAAUGCACAACAAAUCCUUUGAUACGUAAAUGUCUCCAUUUAUGAUGGUGGUGCUCUUGUGCUGAUGGGCACCAAAGGUUCGGGCAAAACCACUUUCUUGCACAUGUUAGCUGGAUUCUCUCAACCCUCAGCUGGUGAGAUCCUCUGGAACGGUCAUGAUAUAACUGAAUCAGGGGUUUUCCACUAGUACAAGCUUCAGCUCUCCCUCAAGGGUGUGAUCAUUGAUCAAAGACAAGUUCACAGUCCUCGACAAUGUUCAGUGGUUUGAAGUUCUUGAAGGCAAGAGGGAAGUCUCUGCCUGCACUAGAGCUUAUGGGGCUUGGAAGAUUGGCAAAAGAUAAAGCAAGAAUGCUCUCAAUGGGCCAAUGGAAAAGGGUGCAGCUUUCAAGGUCACUGGCAAUUGAUCAGCCAAUUUGGUUGUGAGCCUUCAGUGGCAUUGGCUACUGAAGGGGUUAAGUGUCUGGAGUAUAUUAUUGCAGAGCACCAAAAGAAAGGAGGGAUUGUGAUUGUGGCCACACAUCUGCCAAUUGAGAUUGAGGAUGCAAUGUAUUUGAGGUUGCCGCCAAGGUUUCCACGAGCUGGUAAGCCCGUCUCCUGCUUUAAUCAAGGCUGAGGUGCCAUGGUCAGCUCGAAGAGGAAAUCUCUCUGAGAAUGAACACGUCUUGAAGACAGUAAAAGGGUAUGUAAGGUAAGAUGAUGCUGAGGCGGCGCUGAAGCCACUUCAGACUGCAGUGGAUGGAGUUAAGGAAGAACUCAAGAAACUCAACAAGGGUGUGGGGGCGUUCUUGGAAGGAUUGAAGUCGUCGAAGUGACCAUUUCUAUAGCGGUUUUAACCUAAAAGACCAUUUGCCGGCAGAAAGGAAAUUUCAUGGGCAAGGUGGUGUGUAACGACAGGCUUAUUAGGAAGGUGGUGCUGUAUUUUGAUGAUGGUUUUAGCUUGCCCCCACGAAGGCAAGCAAGGGGGGGUCUCUGCCUGCACUAGAGCUUAUUAGGAAGGUGGUGCUGUAUUUUGAUGAUGGUUUUAGCUUGCCCCCAUGAAGGCAAGCAAGGGGGGGUCUCUGCCUGCACUAGAGCUUAUGGGGCUUGGAAGAUUGGCAAAAGAUAAAGCAAGAAUGCUCUCAAUGGGCCAACGGAAAAGGGUGCAGCUUGCAAGGUUUUUGGCAAUUGAUCGGCCAAUUUGGUUGUUAGACGAGCCUUCAGUAGCAUUGGAUACUGAAGGGGUUAAGUUGCUGGAGUAUAUUAUUGCAGAGCACCGAAAGAAAGGAGGGAUUGUGAUUGUGACCAUGCACACAUCUGCCAAUUGAGAUUGAGGAUGGAAUGUAUUUGAGGUUGCCGCCAAGGUUUCCACUAGCUGGUUAGUGAAUUGAAUUGCCAAUGUAAUUAACCCUGCAACAAUUGGGAUUGAACUAUAAGAGACUUUCUGGAAGGUGCAAAAGCUUUGAAAGGUCUAACAGGGAGAACUGCAGUCCUCAAUAUGGAGGCAGUUGCUUUGCUUGAGAGGAAGGAAAUUGUAGUUUCAUUCUGCAUUGCAUUUCAGAACAUCUUAAUAUAUCAUAUGUUGGUAAUUUCAUGUAAUAUUUUGCUGAAUUUAAAAAUACAGAGAGUUUUGGAUUUGAAUUUUCAAAAUUUGCAUUUAGUAGGGUAAAUUAUUGGUGGCUGGUUGCUUGACAAAAAGGAGAAUUGACCAGUAAAUUAUCAGUUUUGGAAUGCUCUUAAUUAAGAGUGAUUUCAGAGUUGGAUAAGGGCCAAAACCUAAUUUGAUUGCAUUAUAGUAAAAUUGAGUCCAUCUUGCUACCAAAGAAAGAAAUGAAACUUGCUACCAAAGAAAGAUACGACUAUAAAUCAAGGGUCUCUCUGUGACUCGUUAGCUAUCAUCCGUUUUCUUGCAGUGCCCAGAGACUAAUCCGGGAAUUCCGUCGCUCUAUUACCGUCGUCAAGCAGGCAUUCCUAAAUCCUAAUCCGAAGAAUUCAAAGACCAAACCACCACCGGCAUCGCGACACCACCCGAUCCUCAUUCUUUUAUUAUCUUUCCCCUCUCAAACCCUAACACAAAUAAGCCACUGCUCUGCCACCGCCGACCACUGUCCCGAUCGAACUACACAGCCCACCGGUGCAAAACUCUGUCGACCCAAAACCUCCAUCACCGCCUACUGCAAAACACCACGGUCCUGUAGAGAGAGAGAGAGAAACAGAGAGAUGGCGGUAGUUGAAAGAAUUCGUAAAGCAGAUGUUCGUGUAUUCGAGUGGGACGAAAGGAUUUUCAAAAACGAGGGUUCGGAAUCUGAAGGAAUGUUGAUGAUCCGUGUAUCAACGGAUGUUCUUGUUGGGGAAGUCAAGAUUGAUUUAAGAAUAAAGAAGGAUAUUCUUCUUCCAUUCCGUCUCGACAACUUAUUUCCUCGAGAAUCCUUAGAAUCAAUGUUCGAUCUGCCCAACCAAUCCCAGAAAAUUUUCUUGCUAGACACUAAUGAUCAUAUUCUAUCUGCACAUUUAAUUAAGUACCUUGUAAGUAAUUUUCAGUUUACCACCACAGUAAAUUCGUGUCCUUUCAGAAAGUCCAAAAUUGUUGUCGUCGUUGAUAUUUUUGCGGAGAGUACUUCUGUUUUCAAAACCACUUCUUCCCAAGAUUUUCGUAAUGAAGAAGAAGAAGAAGAAUGCGUUGAAGAUGAAGAACAAGCGAUGGUUUCCUCAACUGAAAAUCAAGAAGAUGAUGAGGACAUGAACUAUGAUUCAACGGAUUUAAAUGUUGAAGAAGAACAUGAAGUUGACUGCGUUGAUGAUUCAGAACAAGAUUUUGAGGAUGAGGACGAGGACGAGGACUUGAUGGAUUAUAACAAUAAUGUUUCAGACAUGGUUGAUGAGGAGAGUUACUAUGCGGAGGUACCAAGGAAUGAUCAUUUGGAAAUUCUAAGCACAUUAAGAGACGAUGAAUCAAUUCCUAGGGACGAACCAAUAUUCCUUUUCAAAGAAAUUGAGACCGCAGUGAAAAUCAACAGAUUGAAUCAUGAUCAUACCUCACCAUCAAUAGAUAAUUGUUCAAUAUGUCUGCAAAGGUUCUUGACAAGGACUGAGAUCGCAACCACACCCUGUUCACAUAUAUUUCAUCAUGAUUGUUUGCGCACUUGGUUGCCAAAAAACAAUUCUUGCCCAAUGUGCCGAUCACUUUGCGCUACCAUAGUUCAUAUAUAGUUUAUGUACCUUGUAUAUAUAGUUUAUGUACCUUGUUAUCAUAUUAACUAUUUUUGUUAUUCAAUGUAUUGACAAUUCUUUAAAUCUAGUGAUCCAUUGUAUCUUUUGUGUGGCAAUUUUAGGUCAUUUUUUAUUUUCUUGAAUUUUGGGUGUGAACAUAUAUGUUAUCUUUUAUGUUUAUCAAAUUUAACACGGUAAUAUAUACAAUUCAUGAAUGUUUUUCGACUCUUAUCAUGUAUUUUUUAAAGGUGAAGCAAUAAAGUAAGUAAUAAGUAGAUGUUCCAAAGUCUGUUCAUUAAACAAUUUUACAUAGCAAAACAUGAAUUUUUACGGUUACAUUCGCGGCAUAGAUUAUAUAAACGGUAAAUUGAUUAACUAAACUUGCUUUAAUUUUGGGUAUUUAAUCUUUCUCAAUUUUUUUUUUUUUUUUUCCUUGAAAAAGACCCAAAUACGGAAACCCUAUUUUGGGUAGUUAGUAUUUGAUGUUUGUGUCUGAACUGUCAAAGAAAGUUUAUGUUCUAGGUGUUAGAAGCGAAGGCUGUCUUUGAUGUCAAUGUAGUAUAUGUAUCUCAGAGUCAGCAGUACUCUUUAGUGAAUGAUAAUUGUUCGAUAAAAUGCCUCAACUAAUGUAGUUAAUCCAGUUAGUAAUAUCUUAUCAGGUGAAAAAAAAAAUUAGUUAGUACCAAUUUGCAGGUUGUUAUUGCAGAGCGCCGAAAGAAAGGAGGGAUUGUGAUUGUGGCCACACGCACACAUCUGCCAAUUGAGAUUGAGGAUGCAACGUAUUUGAGGUUGCCACCAAGGUUUCCUCGAAGGAUGACUUUAGUAGACAUGCUUCAACAAAGAUUUCAGAGUUGGAUAAGGGCCAAAGCAUAAUUUGAUUGCAUUUUGAAACUGCAGCAAAAUAAAUUGUGUCCUAGUAAUUAAAACAUU